CCCAUCGUGCAUGUAAUCCAAAGACAGAGAAGUAGGAAAGAACCACCGGUGCUGUGGCUGCCUCUCAUUACCCGUAGAGGUUGACAAAGCAACAAGCCUCGUAGCUAGGAUCUUCAAACCCAAACUGCAUAGCAAGUACAAAAAAGGAAAACAAAAGCUGCCUUCAUCAGUAAUCACAAAGACAAAAAACCUCUCAGUAAUCACAAAAAAACUCCAGAGAAUCUUUGAGAAAACAGACAAACGUGUUUCCUCUCUUUUUUUCGAUUUCAACCCAGCACAACCAAAGCAAGAUGUGCACCCCGGAAGUGAAGUUGAUCCAGGACCUGCUGGUGGCGAUGAACGCCGGCAAGCCGGAGGCGUAUAUGGAGAAGGUUUAUGCAUUGCAAAUAUGUCUGGGUCUGGAAGAUCGCAACUUGUCAUGCUAAGUCUCGAGCACAACAAAAUCUGUAUUGCAGGAACGCCAAAAGUUGCUCAAUUCUUGCUAGGCAAAAGGCGGAUUUCUCAUGCGGAACAGCCAUGAGGAAGGUCUCGCAAAAUCUGUGAUGCUUUUGUGUGCAUUCCAGACUGUGUGCGUAGUCCGCGGGAUGCAUGACAAAUCUCGAAAUCUUCCAGACCCAGACAUAUUUGCAUUUGAUAAGGUCCACCCGGACUUUAAGUACCAGGUGAUGGCUAUGCAUUGCAAAAGCAUCGUACUAGUAAAAAUCGCAAUGCAAAUUUUUUCACAAAGAAAAAUGAAGUUUGUGAUGCUGAUUUGGCCAUGAAAACAGAUUUGUCAUGCAUGAUUGCAAUCAGUAUCAGUUUCAGUACGAGCAAGAUGCUUUUGCAGAGCAUAAUGGCGGGGUUUCAAUGUUGUCCACUCUCAAAUCCAGCAAGGAUACCAAUGAUUGAAGAUACGGGUUCUUCCAUCCAACGAAAGGAAAUUUUGGAAUCUGCACAGCACAAUUUUGGUCCAUUUACACAGGAAGAAUUUAUUGCAACAUCGAUGAGUCAUACUGAUAAGUACUAGUUUGUCCAGUCAUCGUCAGGAUUUUUUGGCCAGCAUCUUCAUGCGGCUGCAAAAGGCAAAGCGUUUUCAUUUGACACAUACAUGCGCAUAGCAUAGAACGUGGAUAGUUUUUUUCGGAACAAGUUGGCAAACUGUACAUUCAUUUUGGUACAUUACAGGGGA